UGCGCCGUGGAGCGGGUCCCAGCACCAUGUCGCGCCUCCUCCGAGCCCUCCCGGGCCUGCUGUUCCGAGAGGCUCCCCGGCGGGCGGUGCUGGGCCGAGCAGGCGGCGGUGGCGGGCCCGGUGCGGGGACCGGACACGGGGACGCAGGGUCUCUUACAAAGUGUGAGCCAUCCCUCACCAAGAGCGAAUGGCAGAAGAAACUGACGCCAGAGCAAUUCUACGUCACGAGAGAAAAAGGAACAGAACCGCCUUUCAGUGGGCUCUACCUGAAUAACGAGGAGGCAGGAAUGUAUCAUUGCGUGUGCUGUGAUAGUCCACUCUUCAGUUCUGAAAAAAAGUACUGCUCUGGCACGGGAUGGCCUUCGUUUUCUGAGGCUCAUGGUGCAUCUGGCUCUGACGAAAGUCAGACAGGGAUCCUGCGACGUCUGGAUACCUCGCUAGGAUCAGCGCGCAUGGAGGUCGUCUGCAAGCAGAGGCAAGCAGGAGAGGACUGCCUAGUUUUGCCUUCAAUGGAAGAUAAUAAUGCCCCGGCCACAACAGCUUUAUUCAGCACUGCCUCGCCACUCUGGAUAGCUGUACAUGCUUCAUAUCAAUUAAUUGUCCAACAGCUCAAUUGCAGUGUGAAGCUCAUCUUGGCCACGUGUUUCCUGAUGGACCUGCGCCCACUGGUCAGAGGUUCUGCAUCAACAGUGUGGCACUGACGUUCAAACCAAGGGAGCCCUAGACUGUCUCUUCUCCCUGGCUGCUCUUUCAUUUGAACCCCUGAUUUCCAUAAUUCCUCUGAAUGACUUGCUGUAUUUACUAUAAAACCAGCUGAGUUUGCUGCUGGAACCCGAGAGUCACAGCUUCUCUGACUUAACUGGAAUCGACUUGACCCCCACUCCUACUUGGGCUGUGGAAUUUCACCAAGUGACAGAGGGACAGCUGUUUCCCUUGUGCUGACUUCCCACAGGCUUUGUGUGGGACCACAGGGCCGGACUCCUUGGGGACAUCAGGACGCCAAUGGCUAGUAAACCAAAAACUUCCUACAAAACUCUGCAUUUUCCAUUGUGAUCCAGUCCCUCACGGGCAUAUGGAAUCCAAGGCAUCAGUAUCUCAGCACUGAGGAGUGGGGUUGUGGAAAGCUUUGCUUUGGGGGACGCAUAUGGGGAGCCAUGAGAUGCGUGAGUUUUUUUCCAAAAUUUUAAAUGUCUCCAACGUUCUACUUUUAACCUUUCUAUCCACAAAUCAGCUGUAAUGGAGUUUGUUAGAUUUCAGUGAUUUAUGAAUCCCCCUCUUACUUUUGG